AUGUUUCGGAAAAAACCUAAAACAACACAAAUAAUUUCUUCUCAAAGAACACGUUCACCUCUUCCAUCAAUCAUAUCCUCAUCGACAUCAACACCAUCUACAACUUCAAGCACAUUUUCAUCACCAACAACAACAUUCAGACCUGGAUGUCUUAUUGAUUUAAUUCUUUUAAUUGAUUCAUCUGGCAGUGUGGAACAGGCUUUUGAACAAGAAAAGCGUUUAGCUGCAGAUAUAAUUCGAAAACUGCGGUUGGGUCCCAAGAAUGCACAUGUCGCACUUAUUAAAUUUGCAGCGGCAGAUAAAGUGCGCACAAUACAAUCAUUUUUAUCACCUCAAAGUCAAGAAAGGUUGCUUUAUUUGCUCAAUGACAUUCCAUUUAGUGAUGGAAUUACAGCUAUACAUUCUGCUCUACGACAGGCAAUUGCCGAGUAUACAAUUGAGCGAGGUGCCAGGCCAGGUGUGGCAACCCCGAUAGCAGUUGUUAUUACUGAUGGAUUUGGACAACAUGACUUUUCAGUUGAAUCAAUAGAACUUCAUAAACUUAUUCCCAAUAUUUUUGCUGUUGCUGUAAAUAAUAACGAAACAAUGGUUGUUGCUAGGGAUGAAUUGGCUAGGAUUAGUGGAGAUCCUAAUAAAGUUUUUACAGAUAAAAGUAUUGGCGAAUUUCAUAAAAUAUUGGGUGAACAAAUACGCGGAUGUUAG